UGGGGACUCCGGCGAACAUAUUCUUCUCUGCCACGCUGUCCCAGCAAGGCAUUCUUGCAUCGAGGAUGCACAAAGAACUAGACCUAUUCUUUGCCUAUUCUAGUGAAUUAAACGUCGUCGCUACACGUGGGGUAUGGGUCAAUGCCACUGUCGCUGAUUGCUUAAAUAGGAGCCCAGGUGAGUUCGUAGAUUUAAUUCUACAUUCACACUCUCCGCUCAGCUCAAAACUCGUUAUUAUUAUUAUUCUUAGCCACCGUCCCACAGGCAUAAUGACCGAUGAGGAUAGCGUGUCGUAUUUGCGCUCUGUAAAACGAUAUCUACAGCAGCGAUGCCCUCAAGAAUGGGCUUUGUUUCUCUCGGAGGUCAAACUACAUGUAGAAAAUAGACGCAGGGACUUUCUUGAUUCUUCUGAUAUCCUUGCCUCUCUCAAACGUGUUGCGGGAAUCUUGAAGUACAAGGCUUCCCUUCUAUAUGGAUUCAAUGCCUUGCUUCAUCCUGGAUACCGACUCAAAUGUUCCACCACCGUCGAGACUGUCGGUUACUUCGUCUUCAUCGACCGUACGCAAGGCACUAUUUUCGCGACGUCUCGAUUCACUGCACCAUUUCCUUCCACUACCCAAGAGUUGCGAGCCAUAAUCGUGCCGGAGAAAGAGCAGCUCUGGAAGGCUGUGCUUGAUGACACAGAUGAAGAAUGUUUAACUUGCAUUGCGCAAUUGCUACAACGGGUCGUCGAUGAUACAAGCGCUGGGAAUCCUCCAUCGUAUCGCAAAAGAGCCUUCCGUUGCCUUCGAGAGCUUGCGAGGAAGUACAUUUUGCCACCGUCGAUAUUCAUUCAUGGCGUAACACGCCUCUCUGAACAAAUCAUCCAAAGCGGAGGGUUUACGGAUAUUUACACUGGGCAGAGACUUGGCCAACUUGUCUGCCUUAGGGUCUUACGCACUGUAGGUCUGUCUGAAGGGAAGUGGAACAAGGAAUUCAGCACCGGGGUCACGGUGUGGAGACAGCUGAAGCACCAGAACGUCAUUGAAUUCCUUGGAGCGGACAUGGACCUUUUUCAUCCGCGGCCAUGCUUUGUGUCGCCCUGGAUGAAGAAUGGAAACCUCAUGGAAUUCAUAAAAUGCCACCCGAAUUUCGAUAAAUUUUUGGCAGUAUGUGAUAUCGUUAAUGGGCUGCAAUACCUGCACAGUCUCGAUCCUCCUGUUGCGCACAAGGAUAUCAAAGGAGCGAAUGUCCUAGUCAAAGAUGAUGGCACUUGUUGCCUCGCUGAUUUUGGAUUGACCACAAUCCUUGAUUCGCAUCGCAUCGGCACAGGAUCGUCGAUUUUGGCAUUUUCAGUCAACUGGGCCGCACCAGAGCUCUUGUACCCGAAGCUCUCUACGGCCAAGAACCCUCGGGCGAUCGACAUAUAUGCUCUAGGAUGCACUAUCUACGAGGUGUGCAUUGUCUUAGUCUAUGUUUUUGUUGAUUGCCUGACAUCAGAGCAGAUCAUUACCCAAAAUGCGCCGUUCAGAGACAGCAAAAUGAGCUUCUAUGAAGUCAUGUACACUGUCGUCUCUGGUGGUCGUGCCAAUAUCCCGGCGGCUUCUUCUGCUCGCGAGUCCCAACUAUGGGAUAUUGUCAUCAAGUGUUGGAAGCAGAAACCGGAAGAUCGCCCCAGCGCCGAUGAAAUACAAAGGUCCUUGAUUGCCAUGGGCAGUCGCACACCCGACAGCGUUCUAGCAUCACCAGCUCUUCGUGACGCCAUUGAGAGCGAGCAUCAGCUGAAGCUUGAUCUCGAAAACCUUGAGAAAUGGCUUUCAGAACAAGAGGCGACAACCACCCCGGUUAUGCCUCAGCCGACUUCAGUGCAAGCGAGGCCACAGGAUGUGAUGUAUUCUCCCCUACCGGCAGCGCCAUUGAAAGGAUUCCCAUUUGGAGAUUUACCUACACCACCCAUGACUCCUCAUCCUAAAGAUCAGCGACUUGCUCUAGUGUGGCCAGCUGCUACAGCGGAUGCUGUGCUGCCUCUUCCGUCGCCUUCAUGCAUAUCGGCCAACGCUGUUGCUGCACGUCGCCUGUUGAACCCUAGAGCACGUCCUUUCGUUCCGAAAACCAGGUUAACGAUCACAACCUCGCCGACAGAACACCUGCACCGUGGCCGUGUUGCAUGAG